AUGAAGUGGUUCGGGCAUCUGAACCUCACCAACGCGUCUGUGGAGGACGCGCGCCCCGACGACGAGCCCCGGGACGAGCGCUUGGCCCGGGUGGAGGUCGCGCUCCUCGCCAUCAUCUUCAUCACGGCCGGCAUCCUCAACUUCGGGCUCCUGCUGGCGCUGUGGCGGCGGAGGAAGCAGCUCUCCCGGAUGCGCGUCUUCGUCUUCCACCUGUGCGUGGCCGACCUGGUGGUGGCGUUUUUCCAAGUUUGCCCGCAGCUGAUGUGGGACAUCACGGACCGCUUCGUGGGGCCGGACGUGCUGUGUCGCGCCGUGAAGUACCUGCAGGUGGUCGGCAUGUUCGCGUCCACGUACAUGAUCGUGGUGAUGACGGUGGAUCGCUACCAGGCGAUAUGUCACCCCAUGGUGACCUUCCAGAGGCACAGGGCGCGCUGGAACGCCCCCGUGUGCGUGGCGUGGUGCGUCUCCCUGCUGGGCGGCAUCCCGCAGGUGUUCAUCUUCUCCCGCAUGGAGGUGGCCCCCGGCGUGUACGACUGCUGGGCCGUCUUCAUCCCGCCGUGGGGCUUGAGAGCCUACGUGACGUGGACCUCCCUGGUCAUCUUCGCGCUGCCGGUUCUGGCCGUGGUCGUGUGCCAAGUGCGCAUUUGCCGCGCCGUGUAUUCCAGCCUGCACUCCAAGGCGCACCACGGCGGCGGGGAGCAGCCGGCCGGGAGAGCCUGCAGCGGGGCGGGGGUGUCCAAGGCCAGGGCGAAGACGGUGAAGAUGACCCUGGUCAUCGUGCUCACUUACAUCAUCUGCUGGACGCCUUUCUUCACCGUGCAGCUGUGGUCGGUGUGGGACCAAGACGCGCCCACGCAAACCGCCACCUUCACCAUCCUGAUGCUGCUGGCCAGUCUCAACAGCUGCGCCAACCCUUGCAUCUACCUGAUGUUCAGUGGCAAGUUCCGCAGGAGGUUUGUGGAGGCGGUGUCCAGAAGCCAGUCUCAUCUGCGGGACUCCAUGCACGAGGAAGCCACCACGGUCGGCUCCCUGUUCAUCAACCUCAGGAACUUGCCGGACUCCAAACAUUUACCCGCCCUCAGGCCGCUUUACGGCGUCAGGAAAGGCCAGGAAACUUCUUAA